AUGCCUUGCGGUACCCCUUCUGUUGCUUUGCAUAUGGCGGUUUUUCUUUUUGAUACGGAGUGUGCAGUAUUCUGCUGCUCUUUAUUUACGUCAGGCUUCAAGUAUUGGUCGCGUACCGUGCCCUUGUCUAUUGUCGCCGCGCAAGCUACCUGUUCCCCUGCGUGUCGGACUCCGGGGUCCGCUUCAGGCAACGCAGGAACAUGGCGCGCGCUAGCUGUUCCUGAAACGAGGAAAGUACGAUUGAAAGGAAAUGUGGAAGCAGCGGACGAGGAUACCCGAGGCGGUACGAGGGACUUCGUGAGUGCUCGAGAAUUUAUCGAGAGCGGCAGCAGGCACGUCGGCGGUAUACAAGUUGAUGUGCAAAUUGUUCUUCGUAUCGCUCAGAAGCACGCGAACCUGCUCAGGCCAAAGUCAGCGAUAUAUCAUGCGAGACAGUCUGGCAUGGCUGGCACAUACCCGGAAGCUCUCGGGAGCAGAAGGCACAUCGGCGCGGGCGCAUCAACGCUACUGGGACUGGGCGAGCGCGAUGAGCAAGGCCACGAUGUAGGGGUCUUGGAGGGGUUCGGCGGGGGUGAUUUGGGCGAGCUGUUUAGCAUAGAGAGACGCGUUGGCCCUGCUUGGCCGACGGCUCCGAGGUGGGCGACGGAUAUACUCCAACGACUCUUCGCGGGCGAGGCGGUUGUCGUAGCAGCCCAAAUAAGCGAUUGA